AUGAAUUUGGCGUCCUCUGCAACCUUCCCUCCUCCUCUUUACACGAGCAUGAGCAGCGGCAAUAAUUAUACCACCAUCAAGCCCGUUCCUCUACCGUCAUUCAUCAUGAAGGCAUCAAGCAUCCUCAUUUUGAUCUUCGUCGGCGUCUCAGUCGCAGCGCCCGGCACCCCAGUUCAGGGUGACAUGCUUGAAGUGCGUCAGCAAACGCCCAGGCCGCAGCCAACCGCCUCCCCAUCGACUUGUACUCCCGGCAAGUACCGUUGCUCAGGGUCCGACAUCCAAGUCUGCAACUCCAGCAAGCAGUGGAUUCUGAGCGCCAAGUGCAGCCCGAAAAAGUGCAGCGAGCAGAACGGUGGUGCUUACUGCAUCUAA